UAUCAAACGAUAAAAAUGUUGAGGAGUUAUUAAUGAAAUUUGGUAAAAAAAACAUUGUUUUUGUCUGGUCCGCUACAAAAAGAGACGAUAAGCAUUUGAGAAGCAGAGGGAGAGAGAUGGCGUAUGGAUGUUGUUGCCGGUGGCAGUGGGUGGAGGCCAAAUCCAUGGGAUUGGGAUGUUGCUACUCUUCCUCGGCUGCUAGGACCAAGACGAGUCCGAGUUUUCGUCUUCGUCUUUGUUCUCCUCCUCGUCCCGUCUCUGUCACUGUCUUUGUCUCUGGUCUCUCCGAUGGUAACCCUCACACUGGCAGUGACCGAGAGGACAUAAAAGGGUCGGGAACUUCCGCCAGAGGUCGCAGACUGCUUAAAGUUCGAGAAGAGAAACAGAAGCGUGAAUACGAGCGGCUCCACAACUACCCUGCUUGGGCAAAAGUCCUCGAAAAUGCCUGCAAAGACGACGAAGAACUCCGUGGCGUUCUUGGAGAUAGUAUUGGCAACCCUGAACUCAUGAGGAAACGGGUGGAAGAUAGGGUUCGAAGGAAGGGUCGAGACUUUCAAAAGUCAAAAACAGGAUCCGUCCUUGCUUUCAAAGUCACCUUCAGAAACUUCAAUCCAACUGAUUCUUAUAUCUGGUUUGAAUUGUAUGGACCACCAUCAGAUCGGGAUGUUAAUCUAAUCGGUAAUGUUAUUCAAUCAUGGUAUGUCAUGGGUCGCCUUGGUGCCUACAAUUCAUCAAAUUUGCAGAUGGCAAAUUCAUCAAUGGAGUUUGAUCCGCUAUAUGAUGCACAUAAGGGUUUCAAAGUUAUGCCAUCAUCUUUCCAUGAUAUCAGUGAUAUUGAGUUCCAGGACAACUGGGGUCGUGUUUGGGUGGACUUGGGGACAUCUGAUUAUUUUGCAAUUGAUGUCCUUCUCAACUGUCUAACUGGCUUGAGCUCGGAAUAUCUUGGAAUCCAACAAAUUGUUUUUGGUGGUCGCCACAUGGGUGAUUGGGAAGAGGGGAUGACAAGCCCUGAAUAUGGUUACAAAUAUUUCAAGAUUUGAACUGGAACUCCUUGCAGUUGACUACACUCAGUUUGGUUCAAAAUGGGUUGUAAGAUAUGUGCAUACGGAAAGGUAAACUUUUUGGGUGAAUUUAACUUUAGGGUCAUUAUUUGUAUUUGGUAUUCUUGUCAUUCAGUCCCACUUUAGGGUGAGUUUAACCUACUCAGGCUGUGCCUGUUAGAGGAGGUAUUGCACAAGUGGAAAAUGGCAUUGCUCUUUAACUCAUCUGUAAUUUCAUUACUAAAAAGCGGAAGCAUGGUCUGGUUGUAUUUGACAUAGUAUGCGCGAAAGAAUGAUGGUAUGGUACACUGCAAGAGACAGUUUGACAUAAUUUGACAGAGGAAUGUCAUGCAUCCUCUUAUAUUAGUUAAACUUUCUCA